AUGGCAGGCCGGUUUGAACUAAAGUCCGGAACCGUCACUAGGGCUUCAUGGCCUUGGGCUAUGGCGGAUGGCCACGGAAAGAUCACGUUAAAUCCAGCGAAUCAACUUCAGCUAAAGCAAAUGACGGGAAUGCCUUCAUCAGUGCCGUUUUACAAGAACUAUGCGCAGUUUGACAAUGGCUCUGGCAAGCAGGCUGAAGCCUCCGGAACUAUGAUACUUAACCCGGUGAAUCCCAGUGAACUUUUACGCCCACAGCAACCUAUAGUCACACCGGUUACAGCCGCGAAAACAGUCAGACAAAUUCCACAUACUGAAGAAAAUAAACGUCUGCCAGUCAAUCGUUUCUAUCAAGCAUCUUCAAUGGCUUACCGAAGCAAGACGGGACCAUUUCACCAACAGUGGCUUGGAACGCCUUCUCGGGUAGAUGAUCCAACCAUGCUAACACAUGAUUUUGUUGCGUACUUGCUACGGCCAGCAACCUCACUCUAUGCUACGGAGGCACCGAUGGUCACACAUACGGCGAAUGCUGCAUGCACUUUCAUUAUCCGCACAUUGACUUCACCGGCUAUGGUACGGUCGCGUCAUACGCAGCUGCCAAGAUACGCAAAUAGAUCAACAGACUCAAGUACUUCCUUCUGA